AGAGCACAAUCCCGCACUUAAGGCACCAUGAAGGCUCUUCUUCUGCUAGUAGCUGUUGGCCUUUGCUGGGCACAAUACAAUCCAAAUACAAAGUCUGGGAGGACAUCUAUUGUCCACCUAUUUGAAUGGCGUUGGGCUGACAUUGCUCUUGAAUGUGAACGGUACUUAGCACCCAAUGGAUUUGGUGGAGUUCAGAUAUCACCUCCAAAUGAAAAUAUUAUAGUUACUAAUCCCUGGAGACCCUGGUGGGAAAGGUACCAGCCAAUCAGCUACAAACUGUGCACACGAUCUGGAAAUGAAAAUGAAUUUAAAGACAUGGUGACCAGGUGCAACAAUGUUGGAGUUUAUAUUUAUGUGGAUGCUGUAGUCAACCACAUGUGUGGAUCUGGUGGCGGCUCUGGAAAUGGUGCUACUUGUGGAAGUUAUUUCAAUGCAGGGAACGAAGAUUUUCCAUCUGUCCCGUACUCAAACUUGGACUUUAACGAUGGUAAAUGUAAAACUGGAAGUGGAGAGAUUGAAAAUUACAAUGAUGUGAAUCAGGUCCGUGACUGCCGCCUGGUUGGUCUUCUUGAUCUUGCCCUGGAGAAGGACUAUGUGCGCUCGAAAGUUGCUGAAUACAUGAACAACCUCAUUGAUAUUGGUGUGGCAGGCUUCAGACUUGAUGCUUCCAAGCACAUGUGGCCUGGGGAUAUGAAGGCAUUUUUAGACAAACUGAAAAACCUAAAUACUCAAUGGUUUUCCUCAGGAACGAGGCCUUUUAUUUACCAGGAGGUAAUUGACUUGGGUGGAGAGCCAAUUAAAGCCAGCGACUACCUAGGAAAUGGCCGAGUGACUGAAUUCAAAUAUGGUGCGAAAUUGGGGACAGUCAUCCGCAAAUGGAAUGGAGAAAAGAUGUCCUAUUUAAAGAAUUGGGGAGAAGGCUGGGGUUUCAUAGCUUCUGACAGAGCCCUUGUCUUUGUGGAUAAUCAUGACAACCAAAGGGGACAUGGUGCUGGAGGAGCUUCUAUUCUAACCUUCUGGGAUGCCAGACUAUAUAAAAUGGCAGUUGGUUUCAUGCUUGCUCAUCCUUAUGGAUUCACACGUGUAAUGUCAAGUUACCGCUGGACAAGAAAUUUCCAGAAUGGACAGGAUGUUAAUGACUGGAUAGGACCACCAAGCAAUGGUGAUGGCUCAACCAAAGCUGUUACAAUCAAUGCAGAUAGCACUUGUGGCAACGAUUGGGUCUGUGAACAUAGGUGGCGUCAAAUAAGGAACAUGGUUAUUUUCCGUAAUGUGGUUGAUGGCCAGUCUUUCUCAAACUGGUGGGACAAUGGCAGCAAUCAAGUGGCUUUUGGGCGUGGUAAUAGAGGAUUCAUUGUCUUUAAUAAUGAUGACUGGAGCUUGAAUAUGAAUUUGCAAACUGGCCUUCCUGCUGGCACUUACUGUGAUGUUAUUUCUGGGCAAAAGGAGGGCAACUCCUGUACUGGAACAAAAGUCAAUGUUGCUUCUGAUGGUAUUGCCAAUUUCCAGAUUAGUAACCAGGCUGAAGAUCCUUUCAUUGCAAUUCAUGUUAAUGAUAAAUUAUAG